UCACUCAUUCGAAGAAAAAAACGCUGUCAUUGUUGUAAAAAAACAACACUUUGUGCUUUUCCAUUAGAAUUUUGAGCAUCACAGUGCCAAUAAAUUGUGAAUUUUGAAUUGUUAGCUUAAAUUAUGACUAUAAUAUUAUAGUGUUAAGAAUAAAGAUUUCAAUCAAAUAUGUAUUCCUUCGAAGGGGAUUUCAGGCGUAAGCCACAACAGAAUUUAGCUGGUGCAAGUUCCCAGCGCCAGCAAAGGGAUGCUUUGAUUCUCCAAUCACAGCAACAAAGGCAGAAACGGGAGGAGCGCAGGAAGCGAGAAUACAGCACUGUCAAGAUCCAGGCAUUUGUGAGAAGCUAUUUAGUGCGCAAACAUUGCAAGCAGCAUGAGAGAGAGCAGUUUGAUGCUUUAUUCCCUGGGGCUAAAGCUGAGGAUCAAACUGCAAUGUCAGCCCUUAUUGUAAAGAUUUUAUUCUUUUAUGAUCAUAGGGAAGAUACCUCAAGAUUGAUUUCAAUAUCACAAAUGCUUUUAAAACAAUGGCAAAAAGUAUUUGAAAGUGGUGGUUCAUGCAUUCAGAUUCGUCGUCUAUUGGCACUGCAUCUGCGAUUGUUGAGAGACAAUACUGAGGUCCCAUUAGCAGUACCUCUCAGGAUGUUUGAAGUGUUCACUUCUGUGUCCUUAGCAGAGUCUGUAAUGAAUAAUGAGGAAGCCAUGAAAAUUGUGGGAAACACGUUUAUGUACCUGAUAAAAAGAGGCUUCUUUAAGGAUUUAUGUCACUUAAUGUGCCAAAAAACCCCUCCCCUCUAUGGACCGUCGCCCAACCCUCCAACACCACUCUGUGGGGCUUUACUGGACCUAAUCCAAAGACCAUUGAAUUUGACUACAAAAUUUAACUCACCUCAAUAUGAGGACACAGUGAUGUCGGAGUUUGCUGCAGCGUUCCUAUGCAACCCUUACCCUGAGCCUGUGGAGAUGUUCAUAAUACCAGCCCUUCAUGACGACCCGGGAAAGAAGUUCCCAUUCCUGUCGCUUAUACAAUGCCUACAGGAGAGCAAGUUUCAUAGCAAAUUACUAAUAAAUGACUCAUGGUUAUUGCAUUCUGUACUGUCACUAGAACCUCCAGGAUUUGUUGACGAUAUACGCCAAUUGAACAAUACAAAGCUACCGAACAACCCGAUCAUACUGAAUUACCUUAAAAUAAUAGCUAAGUUAACUGUUAACGUUUGUAAUAAGCAAAUAACGUACGAAUAUGAAGACUCUUUGUACAGUCAAGAGACCGCAGCAGAUAAAGAUAAUGACAGCGACAGUGAGAUUGAACCGAACCCCACUUCAGUAAGAGAGAAACUGUUGCUGACCAAGUGCAUAGAAAUGCUGAAUGAGCCUGACCGCUGCGUCAUGAUGACGUGCUGUAUGAUCGUAGAGAAUGACCUCAGUGAUGAAUUUCUGGAUGACAUGUCAGAAAUAUGCCAUAACCUGCUUUUAAGUCAUAGGAUGGCGUUACAUAAAUAUAGGUUACUCUACACAUUGGCGUUCAAGCCAAUAUUUAUCCGAGGGCUGUGGCGUUGGCUCAGCAACAUGAGCCACGAGUCGUCUUUCGGGGGCUCCGCCACUCCGCUCCUCUCCGCUCUUUCUAGAGGCAUGGGCGUGGACUACGCGGAAAUAGGGGUCCAUAGACUUUUGGCGCCAUUGGCUGUUUUCUGUGCGCUAUUCUCGUUGCUGAUCGGAACGCUGCAUGACACGGAAUUCUGCCGCGACAUUGAAGAUGAAGACAUAAAAAUGACGUAUAUCUCAUCAAGUCCUUCAGUUAUCUCAAACAAUACCGGCGGUCGGAUCCACGCAUUCGAGUUUUCUGAACUCGGUGGGCUGUGUCGGACGCUGCGACAAGUGUGCCUUGGUCUCGUGGAGCUGGCGUACCCAGAAACCAGACCUGUUAUCGGAGGACUUUACAAAGACGCGGUGGGAAAUAAUCAGAUUGAGCUGUCCGGGAAGAAACAAACACCGGCUUGGUCACAUUUGUUUAAAGUGUGCACGCACCUCCUACGCGCGUUAUACGUGCGCGACUCGCGUCUGCGCUUCUUCGGCGCGGACGAGUGGCCGGCGGCCGGCGCCGUGCCCGAGGCCGCGGCCGCCGUGCUCGUCAUCGCCGGCACCGACCACCGGCCCAACCCGCGCCAGCUGCGCCGCCCGCCCAGCCUGUCCGCCGCCCGAGCGCUGUCGCAGGAAGAAGGGCCACCAUUAACCAUUAAAGAAUUACGGACAGUAACGAUCUUACGAGAAAUUCCAUUUGUUGUGCCUUUUUCAACGCGAGUACUUAUCUUCCAAGGGCUUUUAGUUAGGGAAAAGCACGAUCACUGGUAUGAAUUGUCGAACUUCAAUGAAGGUCCGUCAAUAAACAUCAGUGUUCGACGCACGCAUUUAUACGAAGACGCUUUCGAUAAGUUAAGACCGGACAAUGAGCCUGAUAUGAAGUUAAAACUCCGUGUGCAGUUGAUAAACCAAGCUGGCGCGGAAGAGGCGGGCGUCGAUGGUGGCGGCCUCUUUAGGGAAUUCUUAUCAGAGUUACUCAAAUCUGCAUUUGACCCAAACAGGGGUUUAUUUAGGCUGACAAAGGACAACAUGUUAUAUCCCAAUCCCGGUGUGCAUUUAUUAUACGAUGACUUCCCGAUGCAUUACUUCUUCGUCGGAAGGAUGUUAGGAAAGGCCAUCUACGAGAAUUUACUAGUAGAGUUACCACUGGCAGAGUUCUUCCUAGGCAAAAUGUGUUCGUCACGAGAGCCAGAUGUUCACGCACUAGCUUCGUUAGACCCGGGACUGUACCGGGGCCUGCUGAUGCUCAAAGCGCACGGCCGCAGCGAGGUGCCCGACCUGGGGCUAGACUUCACUAUCGUCAGCGACGAGCUGGGCGAGCAGAGGAUAGAAGAAUUAAAGCCUGGAGGAUCAAACAUUCCUGUUACUGCCGAAAAUAGGAUAGAAUACAUACAUCUAGUCGCAGAUUAUAAGUUAAACAGACAAAUCCGGUCACAAUGCAACGCGUUCAAGCGCGGACUGACGUCGGUUGUAAACGCGGAGUGGCUGCGAAUGUUCUCGUGCCGCGAGCUGCAACUUUUGGUGUCCGGAGCAGAGGUGCCCAUCGACCUGGACGACCUACGUGCGCACACGCAGUACGCAGGUGGAUUUUCGGCAAAUCAUCCCGUCGUCCAAUGUUUCUGGAAAGUAGUAGAGAAAUUCACCGACGAUCAAAGAAGACAACUAUUAAAAUUCGUUACCAGUUGUUCGAGACCUCCACUACUUGGAUUCAAGGACCUGCAGCCGCCGUUCUGCAUCCAGUCGUCGGGCCCGUCGGGGCACCGGCUGCCGUCGUCGUCGACCUGCAUGAACCUGCUCAAGCUGCCCGAGAUCCCGCACGAGCCACUCAUGGCCGAGAAGCUGCUCUACGCCAUCCAGUCCGGUGCCGGCUUCGAGCUCAGCUAGAGUAUUUAUGUUAAGUGGUUAUUAGACUGUACUUAUUUAUUACAUGAAAAUAUUUAGGAACUAUUUUUCCACCGUUGUAUUAUCAUUACGUCGGCUAAAAAUCUCAAUGUGAUAAAAUAAUGUUGAUUAGUUAUUGUAAAAAUGAAUAUCAAUCUAUUUAUAUGUACCAUACUAUAUCGCAUGAAGUUCACGUAUGAAAUUUACUAUUUAUUUCUCUAUGAAAUCAUUUGUCGUGUUAUUAUAGUUUCAUGAAAUUGUGGUGAAUUGCCAUACAGAACUGUUUAUCAUUUUAAAAUUACGAUACGGUAAGUACAUAAUUAAAAUUAAUAUUUUGAUGUCAUAGUCUAAUGUAAAUAAUAUAGAGAAAUGUUGUCGAAUUUAUAGUUAUGUACUUCAAAAGAUGUGAAUCGAAUGUGUAAAUGAAAUGGAAUAUUUUUGUUUUUACGGAAUUUUGUAAGUAGUUACUUAUUAUGUAAAUGGUACGUGUUGUCUCAUAUAAAUAUCGGUCUUGUAGGUACUGUCGCAUAGAACAAUCCAGUUGUGUCAAAUUUGCGAUUUUAUAUUUUAGUACCUAAUAAAUAAAGUUGUCCACCCCUGA